AUGGUAGAGAUGGAUAGUGGAAGGAAAUUGUUGACCUCAGUGGACAAAUUGAAAACUCCAUUCAUCAAAAUAAAGAACGUGUUAAUGAAAAGUAAUUUAUUUCCUGUUUAUAGUACAACUUCUGAACAAUGUAUGAUUAAACUACAACAGUGCGGAAUUUUGAAGUCCACCAUACAGAAACUAAUGGACCAAGGGAUAUUGUUGAUAGAUCACCCAUCCAUGAUUGAAGAAGUGUACACACUUGAGAUCCCGUAUGAUGAAGUUUUACCUUUGCAGAUACCAUAUAAUCUCUCUCAGAUGACCCUCUCUGUAACUCCCAUUACUCCUAUGAUGAUAACAGUCCCAACGAAGUUUCCUUUUAACGACACAAAAGCAGUUUCGUGGGUGUACGACCCCGCGGUCUAUAUCCAUGGGCAGAAAAUGCAAGAGAAGCAUAUGACGUUUGAUGAACCAAUAGUGAGUAUAGUCGGUACUGGUGGGGUCACCCGAAAUGGAAGAAUCUUUGCUCUCACAUCUUCUCCAGUUGACAAUAGCGGCCCUUCAGUCCAAAAUAAAGGAAAACAGAUCGAGAACGCCCAGCAAAGGCAAGAAUCUAUACAUGCUAAUGAGGUAGGCGAGUUCUUGCGUAUCAUAAGGAGAAGUGACUAUAGAGUGGUUCAACAACUCAACCAAACUCCUUCCAAAAUCUCUAUGUUGUCUUUGCUCAUGUGCUCUGAAGCACAUCGUGAUGCCUUGGUCAAAGUUUUGAAAUAUACCCACAUGCUGCAAGAGAUCCCCAUUUGCCAAUUUGAGGGAGUGGUCAAUAACAUAGCUACCAGCCUAAGCCUGGGUUUUAGUGAUGAAGAGCUCCCCUUUGAAGGAAGGAACUAUAACAAGGCCUUGCACAUCUCCAUUGAAUGUGUAAACACUAUGUACUCAAGGGUCUUAGUGGAUACUAGUUUAUCUCUAAAUGUGAUGCCUAAGAGUUUUCUUUCAAAGUUGACUAUUGAGGGACUUGUGAUUAAGUUGAGCGAGCUAGUGGUAAGGGAGUUUGAUGGGUCAAGGCGAACAGUAAUUGAUGAAGUAUAUAUUCUCAUCAAAAUAGGCCCCCAUACCUUCUUCAUUACCUUCUUCGUGAUGUACAUAUACUCAGCCUACAAUUGUCUGCUUGGACGACCGGGGAUACAUUCAGUCGGAGCUGUUACAUCAACACUCCAUCAAAGGCUUAAAUUUUUGGUCAGCAACAAGCUGGUAGUCGUGGAGGGCGAAGAAGAUAUCAUGGUGAGCCAUAUGGCGUCAUUUCGGUAUGUGGAAGGAGAGGGUGAGGUAAAGGAAAUCCCAUUUUAA